GUUCCGGGUCGCUCCGAUUCGAAUCACGCCACUUCUCUCGACACCGCCGUAAUAAAAUGAGCCUCUUUUAUGCGGCGCCACAUCGUUCCCCGCGAGAGAAACCCUAGCUCCCUUUUUCAUCGCGAUCCCCCCCCCCUCCUCCUCCUCCUCCCCAAAUCUCCUCUGAAAGAUUCGUGUAUCGAUUAUAAUUCUCGUCCCCGUGUCAUCGCCGGUGGAUUCUACGCAAAAUUAGGAACUUGCUGUUGAAUUCAUUGACAUAAACAGCAUACAAAGUUGAAGACAUUAUACAGCACAUUUUGUUUUGUUUUAACUGACACUUUGAGAAGGAAACAUUCGAGGAGACGAACCCUUCAGAAUGGUUGAAAGUAGUUCAUACAGGUCCUCCAUUGACAGGCAUGAGGAAGAAAGUUGUCCUGGUUCUUCUUGGUAUUUUAGUCGAAAGGAAAUUGAAGAAAAUUCUCCAUCUAGGAGAGACGGCAUCGAUCCGAAGAAAGAGACUUAUCUUCGAAAGUCAUACUGCACAUUUUUGCAGGAUUUGGGCAUGAGGCUGAAAGUGCCUCAAGUGACUAUCGCCACUGCAAUUGUGUUCUGUCAUCGUUUUUUCCUACGCCAGUCACAUGCCAAGAAUGAUAGACGAACAAUUGCGACAGUUUGCAUGUUUUUAGCCGGAAAGGUUGAAGAAACGCCUCGGCCCUUAAAGGAUGUUAUUCUUGUUUCAUACGAAAUCAUUCAUAAGAAGGAUCCUGAUGCUGUCCAGAGAAUCAAACAAAGGGAAGUUUACGAACAGCAGAAGGAACUUAUUUUACUUGGCGAGCGAGUAGUACUUGCGACCCUCGGUUUUGACCUUAAUGUUCACCAUCCCUAUAAGCCCUUGGUCGAAGCGAUAAAGAAAUUUAAGGUUGCUCAACAUGCGCUCGCCCAAGUUGCGUGGAACUUUGUCAAUGAUGGGCUACGCACUUCGCUUUGCCUGCAAUUUAAGUCCCACCAUAUAGCAGCUGGUGCUAUCUUCCUUGCUGCCAAAUUUCUUAAAGUGAAGCUUCCAUCUGACGGUGAGAAGGUCUGGUGGCAAGAAUUUGAUGUUACUCCACGGCAGUUGGAAGAGGUCAGCAAUCAAAUGUUGGAAUUAUAUGAACAAAACCGUGCGGCACCACCCCCACCCCAUGCAAACGAAACAGAAGGGAGCUCAGCCAGUGGGCCCAGCCACCAGCCUUCUGCCAGAGUUCCAGGUGCAGCUUCUGAAGAAGUUCCUCCACCAAAUGGAGGACAUUCUCAGGUGACAACAAAACCUCCUACCAUGCAUCACUCUAUACCGAUAAGCUCGUCAGCUCAACCUCUACAUCAUGAUCAACCUUACCCAGAUUAUUAUAAACAAAAUGAGUCCCAUAGAAUACUGCAAAAAGACAGUAACGACCGUGAGAGCAUUAAAACUAAAACCAGCUUUAGUGAAGGUAAAACUGAAGCUGGUAUUGUAGAAGAGCCUGAAGCGCGGGCCUUUACUGGAGCAGAUGAAGCCAAAGAAAAACCUUCUGCUUUUGAUUCUAUGAAGAAGAUUGACAAGGAUAAAGUAAAAGCUGCUUUGGAGAAACGAAAGAAGCUAAAAGGAGAUGUUGCUCGAAAAGUUGAUCCGGUGGAUGAAGAUGAUCUCAUUGAGAGGGAGUUAGAACAUGGCGUUGAAUUGGCUGUCGAGGACGAGAGGAUCAAGCAGGAGAGGAGGCAGAAACCAUAUCAUAUAACAGAAAACGGAAACCUUGGAGUAGAGAGGGCAUUGGAGGGUGCUGAAGAAGGGGAGGUGUCGAUGGAUGGUCGAGAUUAUUGCUCUCCAGAGCCAAGCAGUCAAAAGAGAAAGGCGACAACAAGCCCUACCAGCAAACAUUUUGGUGGGAAGGAUGGGUAUGAUGGCCAGCAUUAUCAUGGGCCCUUCUCAAAGCGGCGUGAAGGUUUAGACGAUGCACGAAUCGCCAGUAGAUUCGAACGCGGCGAGAAGGAACAUAAAAGGUUCAGACAGGAAAAUCAAGUUUGAUUUACAGGCUGUGGUAUUUAGCUAUGAGUUUCUUAUUGCUUCCUGGCGUGAGCUGAUAAGGAAAGAAGCCUUCAACCUUAGCAUAUUUAUAACCGCUUAGCGACGACGGUAUGCUCUUUAACUAUUCUCUACAAUUCCUGCUGCUCGUCAUUUGGGAGGUUGUAACGAAACUUUACGUUCUGCCGGAUUGUAUUUCUCUAGGGAGACUUAUAUGAGGUACCAUACUGAGACAUGUUUUAUUUUUUUUUUUCACUCUAGAUGUUGGAUGAUGUCUCUCUACAGGCAAAAAUAUAAAGAUACUUGAAAAUUUCGAGCACA